AUGCUGCAAAAAGGCCUGCAAGAGCUUCCCCUUCUGUUGCUGCAAAAAAGCUUCUUCCACUUUGGACUAUUGGAAGCCAUCUUUGCCAAAGAGAAGAAGAACAGCUGUUGCCGCCAAACUGCCAGCACCACCACCACAACCUUCCACUUCUGCUGCAGCGAAAGGCCCCCACAAGCUCCAUCCACUGAAUCCAAAGAGUCAACAUUAGACUAUGGGAAGCCAUCUACAGCUGUUGCCGCCAAACCGCCACUACCACCACCAACACGACCUUCCACUUCUGCUGCAGCAAAAAUGCCCCCACAAUCUCCAUCCACUGAAUCCAAAGAGUCAACUUAUGACUAUUGGAAGCCAUCUUCACCAAAGAGAACAAGAAGACCAGACAGUCAGGAGGGUCAGCGAAGUUGGGCAACACAGCUGAGAAUGAAGAAGGAGCUGCAAGCUAUCCUUGCAGUUGACGAGUCUGAAGAGGUUAUAGAAAAGUUUGAUGGAGUUCUAGGUAAUUUUGACAAGAAAUCGUUGCAACCCAAAGGACGUCGAGAAUCAGCUAGGCAGUUCCAGAAUCGAACUGAAAAGGCUAGAAGCGAGUACAAUCAGGCAUUGAAGGAUCAAUAUGGCCCAGUAGACCACAAUGUUUCAGAAUUCUUAACAAAACAUAACAUUCAAGCGCCAAACCCACAAAAGUGCGAUACUACCGAAAUUUGGAAGAUCAGAUAUGAGCCACCCAAUACAGACAAAACCGAGCCCACAUUCAGGCUUAUGCUAGGAUCUCGAACAAAGAGCAGGAUUUUUGUUUCAAAUGUGACAGUUGCCUAUGUCAAACAUUAUCUUGGUAAAGGAUUUGUUGAAAAAUGCAUUGCUUAUGGAGAAAGGUGUUCUUCUAGGGGUAUUAAUCAACCCUCAUUCUUUGUUCCACUGGGAGAUAGCAACUUGGAUGUUGCCCCGAACCACUGUCUUCUCAAAUUUAAAAAAUGGGGACCAGAUGAAAAUGCUUGCCUAUGUUCAAGGCGAUAG